ACGGCAGUCGACGAUUUCAGUGAAAUACCAGUACGUAAAAUCUGGCCCGACCACAAAGAAUAGCAACACCACCGCACGCCGCAUUGUUCACCUACCUGUAUGUUGUGAUUGCGAAUUACUUGGCCACCGGUAUGCUUACCGUAACGUUGCUGCAUCAGCCAUCCUCGGCAUCGUCUCUAGUUUAUUUCUGCGCUGUAAUACUCCAUGCUGGCGCCUUUCAUACCCCGCCCAUGGUUUAUUUACUGGAUAAUGUGUAUAAGUGGGAUCUUCCGGUGACGACGCCUGUCGGUACAACGAUUUCACAGCUACGAGUGAAUCGAGAUUAUUACCAAUCCAAUCCCGGAAGUGUUGUGGUGUACAGCAUCAGCGCCGACAAACCGGAAUACAGCGAUCUGUUUUUUGUGGAUCCACAGAAGGGAACUGUUAUGCUGAAGAAACCGUUGGAUUCGCAGAACAGCACAGAAUUCGUGGUUUCUGCAGAGGCGUCCGAUGAACGACUGAAGGUCCGAAUACAAGUGCCGGUGCACAUCGUACCAAAUGAUAAUUCGACAGCUAGGCUGUCGACCGUAGACGAUCCGUCUAUCGGGUUAUCGCCAUUCUCUCUGUCCCAGCUCCGUCCGUGCCACGUCAGGCGUGCGAAAACGGGUGAAACGGUUGUGUGGGCAUUCGGAGCUUGUCUCUGGCCGACGGACAGGACGCCCGACCGCGACACUUUCCAUACGAAUUCCAGUGGAACAUCCACCGCGCCGACUUCAUCAACCGCUUCAACCAGCACAACGAUUGGGACGGUCGCAGCCGGCGGGGAUGAGGGAGAAAGAGCGGACGCUCGCCGUCGCUUUUCACGCCGAUUAUUCAAAGCAGUGCAGUUGUAUUUAUAAAACCGUUUGUUUGCAGCAAUUAUGUAGAACCACUAUUAUCCACUUUUUUUACAUACGUUUUUGACCCGCGGACUGUGUCACGGACGGCUUAGUCAUCAGCAUCAUCGAGGUCAGCGACGAUUACAUCAUAUGACAUCAGCCUUGCAUCAGACUCGCUCAGCCUUGCAUCAUGCGGCCUCAUUCCCACGCGAUAACGCCAGUGACCACACCCUCCGGCUGGCGGCACCACUCCGCCGCGCGGGUAUAUAAAACCACAGCUGCAACCACCGGAAGCCAGUGUGCUUUCCCCUGCGAAGUCAACCGACCAGCAGUCUACAGCCAGCCCUGCACCGGACCAUCCAGCGAUUGUACUAGCUUGACCUUUUGUUUAGCUUAUAGCUUUGUUGUAGUGGGCACAUUGAUUAUCAUUAAAGGUCAGUCAAACA